UCUUCAGUCUUCAGUGUUUAGUCUUUAGUCUUUACUCUUUACUCUUUAGUAGUGUAGUCAUAGUAGUCAAUGGUCAUUGAUUCUCAAAUAUGGCGUGUACUUAAAAUUUAUCUCAAUUUGGAAAGAUAUGACAUCACUCACUAAUUCAUCUUCUCUUUUAUUUCCAACUUUAUUAGUCUGUUUCCACUCAAAACGCUUCGCUUCUUCUUCAUCUCUCUCAAUUCUGAAUUCUCAAUUCUGAAUUCUCAAUAACAUUAGAAAGUGGGAAUGGCUAAUAGUGGCGAUGAUUCUGACCCUGCUGUUGAUGCAGGCGACACCAAGCUUCCUCCACCGCCGCCCAAGAACGACGCCAAAUAUAUGUUUCUCAAGUUUGUCAAUCAGAAAGACGAGGCAACCUACCUUAAGGUGCUGCGCAAAGCACCCAUAUCAAAGGCAUUCGAGAAGUAUUACCACUCUAACCAUAUACAGUUUGGCAUCAACCGAUUCCUUUUUCAAGGCAACCGAAUUCACCCUAAUUGCUCUCAGACUCCCAUUGAUUUGGGUAUUCAGGAUAGAGAUCAAAUUGAUGUCACCGGCGAGGUUAAUGGAGGUGCUCCUCUUAAUUAAUUGAUGUCGUCUCUACUUGUGUUCUCCAUUUCUGUAACUCUCUUGAUCAUUUAUUAUAGGAUUUCGAGUAUUGAGAACUCUACAAACUCAAUUGAUUUAACUCUAGGAAUCAUGUAUUUGUACUCUUAACAUUAUUCUCUCUCCUCUAAAUUACCACUCAUGAAUUCUGCAA